AUGGCCGUAUCAGCCGUCGAUCUGGAUGAUUUCCAGAUGCGCAUAGACGAUGGUCAAACCCAGCUUAACACACAUCCCUUGCCACCUUUGGCCGAAGAAGUCACAGUUAAUACCGGCGCUUCAUCACCUAACACAUCUAAAGGGCAUCUAUCUUCACCAGAUUUAACAUCAAGGGAUUCACUCGGACAGACCAGCAGACAAGAUCGUCACAAUGACUGCAAAGUCCGAUGGUUCACUCAUGAGAAGACCAAACAUACCAGGAGUUCCAUGACACCGACUAAAGCAUCACCGAACGGUAUAGAGAAGAGGAAGUCUAGCGGGAAAAGGAAAACGAAAGCCACCGAUGCCAGACUUUCCUCAGAACUCGACCGCCUUCUCGUCGGUGACGGCCCGUCCGCCUCGCCACAACAGGACCGCUCCCUACACCGCAUCCAACAUCCCCUCCGUGCCGUACUCCACAGCCUUCCCGGGUUUAUGUUUGAUGAAGAGCUUGAUAACAUCAAAUUCCGCAAGCAUCAGCGUGUGCUGGUUGGCGUGGAGGGUCUGAUGAUGGAUGGAGGAAAAGACGCCGCGAAGGAAUGGCUGGAGAAAUUCCUCCUGUUGAUCUUUGAGACAAAGGCCGAGGUGCUUAAGCGUUACCCAAUGUGCAGAGAGCUGGACGAUGUCCCUUUGGGAUUUAUUACUUUGGCGAAGGAUGUUGAGACGAUUAUCAACAACCUGCCUUACGACCCCGCACUCAAGAUUCGGCGAACCAUGGAGCGGCGCCUUUGCCAGAGCUACGAUAUGCGCAGGCUUGUUGAAUGGACUAUUAGAGCGCGCUGGCGCUUCCUGCAAUCUAAGCCCAAAAUCGUGCCUGGAUUUGGAGCUUUUGGGCAGAAGAGCAGUUGCGAGGGGACAGAGUUAGAGAAACGUCUUUGGGCAGCAGUCGAUGCUAGAGGGAACAACACGGCUAAAACGCAUAAUGAUUAA